GCGGGUCAAGCCAUGUCAAGCCCACUUACGAAGUGACAAGUGGGAUGGAAAAUGCCAAAAUGCCAAGGGUGCUCACGGAACCAUUGGCAUUGGUAGCGAUCUCCUGGACGUUGAGAGCUUCGUGGCUGGCGCGCAUGAUGCUGCCGGAUCUGACGGCGCAUCCCAAGGAGUUAGUGUUGGAAAUGGAGGUGACCGCACCUCACAACCAGAAGCAUCAACGUGGAGGCAAACUUGUGCGUGAUCGCCAAGCAUGGCAUGUUGAAGCUGAAGCAGAAGAUCAAUAUGAUGAGCGCUGGGAUGACUAUGGCUAUGAGGCCUAUGUGACUGAGGCCCCACCUGAAGAUGCUGCAGCUGGCGACUCCAACAACCAGGAGUACGACGACGUGGUCUACGAUGAGGAGGCCGUUGAGAAUGACACGGAGCAUGCUGCCGAUGGCGGUGAAGCUGAGAUGCCUGACCUGACAGCCGUUGUGGAGGCCCUGACGGUGACUAGCCGGCGUUUGGCCGAAAUCACCAAGUCCAGGGGCUUCUAUCAGGACAAGUCCAAGGGAAAAGCUUCUGGCAAAGCAACCAGCAGCAAGGGCAAGUCGAAGGGCAAGAUGUCUGAGAAGGGCAAGCACUUCAAGGGCAAAGGCAAGGGGAAACCUGGCCCGAUGCCUACUAAGGGCAACUUUGCAAUGCAGCGCAAGGCCAUUGAGGAGUCCUUGUGCUUGGGAUGUGGCAAACCAGGCCACUGGUUGCGCGACUGUCCCAAUGUUGGAACAUACCAAGCUCAGUUGACAACCGUUGGGACUACUUUGGACGUGGAUGGCAUGGUGGAUCACUCUAGCAGCUGGGUUGUCACCAGCACACCGGCUUUGUCAUCGUGCUGCGAGUCGGAAGAAAAAGGCGUGACUGUGGAUGUGGCCAUCCCUGAAGAGAACAUUCUGUCUGAAUCCAUUGCAGUUUUUGAAUCCGUUGCAGCUUCUGGAUCCUUUGCAGUUUUUGAACCCAUUGCAGUUUCUCAGAACGAUGCAGUUUUUGUCGAGCCCCAUGUUCAUGACAACAUUGCGGUUUCCAAGUUUUCCCAAGCUUUUGAGAUUGACAUGUUGCCUGUAGAGAUCGAGACCCCUGAACCCAAUGCAGUUGUCAAGAACCCCCAUGUUCAUGAGUUUGACAUGUUUGUUGCAGAGAACUACAUGGUCACACCCCAUGCUGUUCAUGAACAUGACAAGCCCUACGUUUUGUACGACAAUCCCCAAAUCCUUUUGCAGUCGGUGAACGAUGUUGAGGGUGGUAUGAUGAUUGCAGAUACGGGUUGCCAAAGACAGGUGGCAGGUUCCAGGUGGCAUGAGAUUCGUCAAAGAAGCAUCCAGCCCCUGACCCCGGUGAAGUUUCAUGAUUCAUGCUCCUUCAGCUUCGGGCCUCACAAAGGUACACCUGCCGAAGCGCGGUAUGCCUAUCCAGCAGGACUUGGAGGCAGCAUGGUGGCAUUGGGGGUGAGUUUAGUUUCAUGUGAUGCACCAGCACUUUUUUCAAGACCAGCAUUUGAGAUUCUUGGUGCAGUGCCUGACAUUGGAAAAGGAGUCAUGUUUUACCGUGCCCUCAACAAAACAUCCAAACUCUUUUUGGCAUCCGGUCAUCUUGCAAUCCGGAUUGAUGAAUGGCCAGACGAAGUGUUUGACUGGCCCCUGAGCUUCAGUGAGCAAAGCAUGCCCGAUGUCUUCAUCCCUGACGCGGUUCCUCUCAAGAUCAACAAGCUGGAUGUGGCUUGUGAACCGGCUCGUCGACCACCUCAUGCCGCCGUCGCUCAACAUUCCGCGAUGGCUGCGCAACUGGAAGUACCUGAUGGUGAACUUCCUCGAGCACCUGUACGCCGUGCAGACCAUGGUGCUCAACUAUGCGGCAACGUCGAUGAGGCCAAAGAUCAAAGACUACAUCUUGGACAACUACUUCCCUCCGCAGACGGCGGUGACCAGAAGACCAGCACGGCGGUCUAUCAGAACGACCCCAACACCUGCGGCCACCCAAGCGGCCUGAGGACCUAUGGGGCAGCCGGGUACAGGGUGCACAUCUGCGACCUUUGCGGCAACAGAUGGCGAGAGAGCAAGGACAAGGACAAGUCGUUGAUCCUAUGUGCACCAAAAGCCUCACCCACAGCGAAGACACCGCUGGGGCUCAAGAUCGGCGAACCCUACUUCCCAAAGAAGCCUCAGGGCGCGAUGGCUUUAGCAGAGGGACCACGGGCAAGCUCGUCCGAACCAUGGGGAAGUUCUUCAGCUGGUGCGCGGCGCUCACAGUCGCGUUCUCUGAGUGCCCAGACGUCCAAGGCCAAGGCCAAGCCCUCAGUCCGACUGACGGCACAAGCACUAGCAGCCCAACAAGUGGCCGAGAUGGACGAUGUGAGUAUGGGCAGUUGGGAUCUUCAAGAACGGCCACAACAGCCGCCAGCUCCUUCGAUCUCCUAUGCCCCGUCGAUUCGAAGCUCAAGGGUGAUGCCAGGGCGAAGACCAUUGGCAAAGAUGGAACCUCAGCUGGAGGAGGAGUUGACCCUGGGCACGAGCGGCGAGCAUGUCUGGAGGGCACGUCCAGCACACUACAGCCUGGACGAGGAGAACUACGAGGAGGAGCUAGAGGAGGAGGAGAUCGAGCACGAGUUCUACGACGAGGGGGAGGAAUUGCAUCAACCUUUGGACGGUUGA